GCAGGUAAAAAUACGGAACAAUGUUUUGUGUCAAGCAGAAAUAGGAAGACCGAAUAACUUCGUAUUGAUUUUGUGAAUCAGUGAAAUUCUUUCUAGUGAACUAUUUUGUUCUAAACAAACUGGCUUUGUACAAUCUCUGUUGAUCUGUGAAUAUUAUAGUGUAACUCAAAUCUGAAACUUGUAACAAAUAUCCACUAAUUACAAUGCAGAUUGAAGAAAUCAAGAUCUACGAGAGCAUUGACUAUUUGAACUUAUCCAAUGCAGAUGGAAACGAGACAUCAUACUCUGGGUAUCAGGAUUUGUACUCUCUGAGAGAGUCUAUGUUUGAGACUCUGGCACGAGUACAAAAAUAUUUUAUUCCCUCUCUGUGUGUUCUUGGAUUUCUGGGAAAUGUCUCUUCCUUUGGGAUAUUCAUGAUCAAAUCAAUGAAGCAGAAGUCUUGCGUCAACUACCUGCUGUUCAAAAGUGUGACUGAUGCUUUUUUCUUGACCUCUCUGUUUGUCGUCUGGCUGGACAGGGUAGGCGUCAAGUGGUUCAACUAUCACGGCGUCUGCCAGAUUCUAGUUCUCGUCACCUACGUGUCUGCCUUCAUGUCCGUCUGGAUGGUCGUCAUGGUGACGUUUGAAAACUACGUCUGCAUCUGCCACCCUCAGCUAGUGACCAAGUUCUGCACCGCCAGAAGAGCCCAGCUCGUCAUCCUGCUGCUUCUCGUGCUCUCUACGCUCUGUUACCACUUUCCGGUGUGGACGAGUCACGUGGUACUCAUAUCUAACGUCUCGGUCUGCACUGAGGUCGGAGAAUACUCUCAAAUCACAGAGGGAUUGACCUACUUUGACACGGCCUUAACCUUGGUUCUCCCAUCUGUCCUGGUCUUCCUUUUCAUGUUCAGGAUCAUGCAGACGAUUGUACAAACAUUUAUCAAGAUUCGAAGACGCCGAAGUUUAGGCCAGCAUCGUAACAUUCACUUCUUCUGCCAGACGCCUUACGGUCCCAUAAGCAUCAUGCUCCUUGCAGUAUCCAUAGUUUUCCUGCUUAUCCACACGCCGAGUCACGUGUGUAGGCUGUACGCCAUCUUCAUCCGGUUUUUCAGCGAUGACCUGCAGGCGUUCCUGUAUUCCUUGGAUCUGCAGCGCCGCUCUGAGAUGCUUUAUUACCUGAACUACGCCGUCAACUUCUUCGUCUUCUUUGUGUUCAGCAAGGCGUUCAGGCUUAUCUGUCAACGCUACCAAUGCUUUUGUGUCUGCGGGCGUCAGGUAAGCAGCGCUCCGUUCGACAGUCAGUUUGAAGAGUGUGUUUGCAAAACUACGAGCCAAGAGCAGCAGCAAGAGGAGCUGAUCUAGAGACCUUCGAAUUUGGUGUUUGUGACAUUUAAUUUGGUAUUUGAGAAAUUCAACUUGAUGUUUGAGAAAUUUCAACUUGAUGUUUGAGAAAUUUCAUCUUGAUGUUUGAGAAAUUUCAACUUGAUGUUUGAGAAAUUUCAUCUUGAUGUUUGAGAAAUUUCAUCUUGAUGUUUGAGAAAUUUCAACUUGAUGUUUGAGAAAUGUCAUCUUGAUGUUUGAGAAAUUUCAACUUGAUGUUUGAGAAAUGCAACUUGAUGUUUGAGAAAUUAGACUUGUUGUCAGAUACAACCUGAUGUUUCUUGAGACAUUAACAUUGAUAUUCCUAAAGACAUUUAACUUGAUUUUGUUUACAACAUUUGUGACUAAAAGUUUAAUUUCCACAGAAAGUUUGUAUGUACACAUUGUUAAAGUACUAUGUGGUAUCUAUAUGAUAUACAUAUCGCUUGACUGACAACGUAGCCUCGUAGUUAGAUAAUAUUUAGUACCCGAUAAAGUAUAAAAAAAAAGCCUUCCUAAUAUUAGUUUGCUUUCUACUACUGUAAGUGUAGCAUGCAACAAAAUAGAACCACAGAGAAACAAAGAGAUACAAAAUAAUGGCAUCUAGAGUUUCCAUCAAAUAUUGGGUCAAUAGCAGCACCUGGAAAAAAACUUCUUGAGGUGCAGUUUUCAGUUGAUUUGUUCCCAUUCAAUCAAACGCUGUAAUGAAAUGGGAAUUCUAUAACCACGCCCUCGCUCAGACGGAAUGAAGCUGUAAUGACCAGCUGUUAAGGAGUGCAUUCUCAGUUCACAUCUCUUGGCAGAGCCUUAUGGAUGGUGUCUGUACAAUUACUUACUUAGGAAACGUCUAGAUAUUGCGUAACGUCAGUAAUAAUAACCCCCGCCUCUUUCUUGCAACAAAUUGGAACAAACUUCAAUUACCCCC